AUAAACAGCUUGUAUGGUAUGGACGAGGCUAAUCGUUUGUCUGAAAGGAUCAAUCAAUUAAUGAAGCAACCAGGACGAAUCGACCGAAAACUAAAAGCCGCUAUCGAUCACUACGAGAAACGAAUUCAUCAGCUGAAAAGCAUUGCUCUACUUGAGGAUGAUUGCAGUCUUGCUGAGGUGUAUCGUGCCGCACUGGAUUUGGCGGACCGGACGUCACGGUUCCUUUCCUCGAUAGAUUCAGUUGAGAAGCGUUUCAACGAGCUAUCCACACCUAUCUGUGAUAUCUACCGCCAUGUGAAGCCCUAUAUCAAUGAAUGUGAGCAGGCCAAAACGGAGUUGCAUUUGAGUCAAUUGAAGGACUACAUUGCUUAUUACGAGUAUGGUUCGCAUUUGAUUUGUCCUUUAAAGUAUUCUCGUAGAUCAAACAUUGAUGCAGCUUGUCUCUUGGACGAUGACGAAGUACUGGUCGCCUCGAUCAGAGACUAUUUGCAAUUCGUCUAUCGUGAGGCACAGUCCAAUGAACAAAAGUUUGAAUUGCUUCUGGAAGAUAUGAGUUUUCCAAUUGUCCCAUCGGGUUAUUUGGAGAAAUCGGAUUCACAAACGUGGGAGGAUGAACAAUUACUAGGCUUUACCAAUGCUUUCAAGCUGCUUGCCGCAAUUGAAACCUCGUAUCCUUUGAUCAGUGAUUUGACUGCCACAUCCUAG